UGUUGGAGAACUUGGCGGGCAUGGAGAAGCCUGGAGUGGUGGAGCAAGUGGACCUGCCUCCGACCCUGGCUCUGGGCCUUGGCCUGCCCAUAUCUCUGAACAGCGUGGGCCGCGUCAUCCCGGGCGUCCUGGAGGAGACCUCACUCCGAGACCAGCUGCGCUUCCUGCAUCUCAAUGGCCACCAGCUCAGCUGCCUGCUCAAAGACAGCGUACCCGAUUAUGAAAAAGAGGCAGGCUUCGAGCAGUUCCGCGUGGCAGAAAAGGCUCAUGGGAGCUGGAUGAAGCUCUUCCUGGAGGGCAACACCUCUGAGGUGCUCAGCAACAUGGGCAAAAAGGUCCUGAAGCAGUAUGUGGAAGCCCUGGCUGCCAUGAGCUCGGCUCUCAGCAAACAGCUGGGCAAGUACGACAUGUACUCCAUGAUCGCAGGCAUGGUGUUUGUGUUCCAGCUCCUGCUUGUCUUACUGCUGGCUAUGCCCGAGGCUCUGAGCGGUGACGCAGCGGUGGAACUUCCUGUUCUCUCAGCUCUGCUCUCGCUGCCUUUCUACCUCAUGUGCCUGCUGCUCGCCUCGGUGCACGUCUUGGUGUGCACAUCUGCUGAGAGCUCCUGUUACUUCUGCAGCCUCUCCUGGGGACUCGUGUUCGCCGCCGUCGCCUUAUCCUCAGCAAUGUUUUGUAUUCUGGUCUCUCUGGUAACGCGGAGACUCCCCCUGGGGGCGAGGAUUCACGGGAAGUCUCCAUUGAGGAGCAUUGGCAGUGAGUGGUCGCUGUCGGAGCUGGACGUGUUGCUGCUGGCCGGCACGGUGGGACACACUCUCAGCCUGGCGGCCAGCAGCUUCGUGGAGGAAGAGCACCAAACCUGGUACUUCCUGCUCAACACCCUCUGCCUUGCCGUCUUCCAGGACGUCUGCCGCAAGUACUUCAGAGAGCAGAGGGGCACUGGAGACGAAGAAGAGUCUAUCCUCCCUUCCAAAGACUGUCACCCCUCUCCCAAGGCAGAGAUUUACUCAGAGAAGUGGCUAGCGUUAGCCACACCGCCAUUCACUCUGCUCUGCUGCCGACUGCUGCGCUCCCUCAACCAGACCGGGGUGCAGUGGGCUCAUCUUCCUGACAUGGGACACUGGCUCAACAGCUCUGAACACCGGACCGUUCUCUCCCUGCUGGCUGCUUUCUGUUUGGUUUUUAUCUACCUCCUGGUUCAAAGACGAUGCUCAUGGGUUUCCAAGGUUGCCCUCGCCCUCGGACUUUUGGGUGUCUACAGCUACCGAGCAGCUGUUGGCAACGUCUUGUUUCCCUGGCAACACUCGGGCCGAACUACAUCCAAGGGAACAAUGGAGGCGCGCUUUGUGUACGUCUUCAUCUUGGGCAUCCUCUUCACGGGCACCAAAGACCUGCUGCGGUCCCAGAUCAUCACAUCAGAUGCCAGGUUGAAGAGCAGGGGAUUAUGGGAGAUUUACAGUGGCUUGGUCUUGUUGGUGACGCUGUUGUUUCGUGCUCACAACCUGCCGGUCCUCUGCUGCUGCCUGUUGAUCCAGACGCUCAUGGCCCAGUUCAUCUGGAAGAAACUCCACUACGACGCGGCACAAACUACCAUCAUGCACUACUGGUUCGGACAGGCCUUCUUUUACUUUCAGGGCAAUUCGAACAACAUCGCCACCGUGGACAUUUCAGUGGGCUUCGUUGGACUGGAAAGUUACGUAGAAGCACCGGCCAUCUUCUUAACGGCCCUCAGCACUUAUGCGGGGCCCCUGCUCUGGGCGUGCCACCUGGUCUGCUUCCUCAGCUCACAGAGAGACAGGAGCCCGGUUGCAGUCGGCCAUGGCUGCUACUGUCUGGCCCUGCUGAGGUCUGUGCCCGCUGCAGCCUACAUCGUGCUGGUGACCACUCUGCGCUACCAUCUCUUCAUAUGGAGUGUCUUUUCACCCAAAUUACUGUACGAGGCCAUGCACCUGCUGCUGACUGCGGGGGUCUGCCUCUUCUUCAACACCAUGGAGCAGAGCCACACUGCCAGUAAGUCUUAGGGGGCCAAACACGCAGUCCUUCCAUUACAGGGAGUCAAAAUGUUGAGUAAUAGUCUCUAUUCUACAUGUAAGACUUUCAGACUGAUACACUACUGAUGCUCACAAAGGGUCCUUCCUUUGGUUCGCAAGAAAUACUUUGGAAUGCACUUAAAAUGUAUUUUUGAGCCGUUUGUUUAAAUAUUUUCCAAGUUGGAUGAAGAAUAAAAGUGAAAUUACGUCAAGAUAUUUGAAAGAGGGAACCUUUUUUUUUACAUAUACUUACGUUAUAUUACCUCAGGGACUGCUGUACGGACAACUAGAAGGUUCGAUGUUGUGACUAAAUUGUGUUGUUACAUGGAGAGCACCAUGUGUUGGGGGGGUAGUGAACACGGGGUGAUGUGUGUGUGAUAAUGCAGCUCAGCUUGUUAGCUAGCACCUGCAUCCACACAGGUCUAAUGAAUGUGGCAGAGAAUGCUGAAAAUCACCUGAACUCAAUAUGUAUUUUGAACAGAGGACAUACGGACUUGAUAAAACGGCCAAUACAGCAUACAAUCAUGCACUCUUUAUUUCACCAGAUUAUAACUCAUAAUGGGGUAAAUGGAUACUACUUUUGUGGUUUUCACAAAAGUGCAUCAAAGUCAUAGCAACAUAUCGAAGACAAAGAAAUCCCCCUACAUUUUUUAAUAACAUACAACAGGCCGAACUUGGCUUUUGAGGGGGAUACCGUCUGGAAAUUAAUAAAUGUUUGACAGUGAUCAUCAAAACUGAAUUUGGGUAAAAGGAAAUAAUAUUAAAAUACACUUUAUGGCAGUUUGAGGACAUAGGUCUAAUGUUUGGUAGUAGCACAAGUCAAAAUGUCUGCUGUGAAGUAAAGGUUUUUAAUAUGGGACUGUUUCUCUUCAGAACCUUUCAAAUAUUCUUGUGAAAUCAUGUUUUUUUCUGUUUCUUUUUAAAUCUAUUAACUAUUUAUUGAUUUUGAAACACAAAGCUUUGUCUGUGUGAAUAUGUGUUCUGUUUCUACUGAUAUGAAGGUGAGUGGGUGUAUCCAUGUAAUGCACAAACUAAAGAUUUGUGGAUGUUUUCAGAUCAGAUAGACUAACAUAUUCAUGUUUCUUACUUCAAGCUAUCUGAUGAGAUGCAUGGCUGCCAAAGCAUAACGCUUUUACUGCAAUAACUAGAUUAGAAAUCUCUUACUAAACUUAAUGCAUUCAUAAAACAAAUAAAAGCAGUCGAGAGGCAUCAUUCAUUCAUUCACCUACUACACACACACACACUACACUUUCCUAUUGUUUUCUAUAUUCCCCACACUGCUCAGUAUGAUGUAUAUUUGAAUAUAGAAUACAAAUCCUGAAGUUAGUGUAGUUUGAUGACCUUAACAUAUGGCAAAUAAGUGAUGAAAGAAAAUUACAAUAAAUACCGGAAAAUAUUUCAUGAAAAAUACAGGAACUGUUUUUAGGCAGCAAAUAACAGUACAAUAAAACAUAGUUAAACAUAUUUAGGAGAU